AUGGCUUCCCAGCGAGUAUUCCAGCUUGGCCUGCGACGGGCGGCGGCCCCUGGCUUCAGGAUCCAGCCUGCAGGACGCAUCGUGCAACGCCGAUUUGCUGCCACACAGUCCGCCUCCCACUCCCAAGCCCAGGAGAUCCUCGCGAAGCAGCGCAUCAACCGCCCCGUCUCGCCCCACCUUCUCAUCUACAAGCCGCAAAUCACCUGGUACCUCUCGGUGCUCAACCGCAUAACAGGCCUCACCCUCAGCGGCGCUCUCUACGUCUUUGGAAUUGCCUACCUCGCUGCUCCCGCAUUGGGAUGGCACCUCGAGACGCAGUCCAUGGUCGCGGCGGUCGCGGCUUGGCCUCUGGCUGUUAAGCUUGGACUGAAGAGCUUCUUUGCGCUUCCGUUCUUCUUCCACUCGUACAAUGGACUUAGGCAUCUGUCUUGGGAUGUUGGUAUGGGAUUCAAGAACGCACAGGUCAUCAAGACUGGAUGGACGGUUGUUGGAUUGACGGUUGCUACGUCGCUGUACUACGUCUUUCUCGGUUAAACAGAGAGAAUGAGACUUGUCGACGUGGAGGAUAACAUGAUAGGACUGGGGUUUGAGGAGUGAGACGUGGACAGUAAAAGAAGUUGGGGAUACGUUGAGUAGAGCAUCUGGUGGAAACACAACCUUGUACAUUUUGUGUGUCAAAUGAAUUGAGUUCGUU